UACCCCCCCCCCCCCCAAGAAAUAAAAUUAUGAAAAAAUUUAGUCCGAAUUUCCCCUUUUUUGCUAAAAAGUCAAAUUUUGUUUGAGACUAAUUCUAUAAUAUAUUAUAAAUAUCGAAUGUUAUAUAAAUAAUAGUUCAUUUCAAUAAUACUAUCUGACUUUGGGUUUAGAACAAAUCUUAUUUAUGACAUGUCCUUAACAAUAUUCAACAUGCAAAACAUGUAUUUAUUAAUGUUACUUAAACACGUGGUAGUGUUUGUUUAUUCUUUACAUCUAUUGGUUGUUAUUAUUGUCACCUAGUCAGGUGACAAUAUUGAUAUUCAUAGCACGGGCUAUGAAUGACCGUGAAAGUUAUUGUGUACUAGUAAAGCCAUUCGAAGGCUCUUUUUCGUGCAGUCAAGACACGUUUUGUCAUGGACGACUCUGGCGACGAAAUUUCCUUAUUAGAAAAAGGCGAAACCAACCAAACUCAAAAAGAUGCUGCUGGAAAUCCUCCACUGGAUAUUGCUGAUGUGGUGAAGCUCGUCACGGGCGUUUUGCAGACCCAAUUUCAAAAUUUAUCAGGUCAGCUCAAAGCAGAACAGUCGGAGUCUAUCACUAAAAAAUUAAAAGAAAAUUCUAUUUUGAAAAUUAAAUCUGAAGGGAAUCGUGCACAGUACGAAUUUAAUGCCGAGAUUCUCGAGGGUCUAGAUAAACUAGAAACAAGAGCUUUUGACACUAAAGAUAGCGACUCAGUUACUAUCAUAGGAGAUUUGCGGAAAAAAUUAAAAACGCGCCAGAAACAUAUUCGAAUCGCCGAUUCCUCUCCAGCCGGGUGGAAAACAGUAAAUGAAUACCAGUCAAGAGAAAUUGCGGACAACUCGGAUGACGAGAAGAAAAUUCGAAGUGCGGAAAACCGCGCCCUCCGACAACAAAAACAAGGGCAGAACAGGCGUUUUCACCCAUAUGGCACCUACAAGACUCCCCCAGCGGCGGCGGCAGGCUCGGCAGCCCAGCUUAGUUCUUCUGUGCCUUCUGCUACUUCGUUUCAGCCAUUCACAUACCAGCAACAGCCCUUUCGUGGCAAAUCUGCACGGCGUCAACCACAGCCCAGUGACGUGUGCUUUAACUGUUUUUCCACAGGACACUGGAAAACCAACUGUCCCAAAAACAAGUCACAAAGUCAAUGAUAAGUAUAAAGGUUAUAAUGGCAAUUCUACUAUUGCUGGCCAGGUGAAAUGCUUUCAGAACAAUUAUUGAAACCAAAGUUCAUUGAUAAAACACAAUUUUAAAAGAAA